UUCAAAGACCCGAUAUUAGUUUUGAUCGGUUUGGUGUGCUUACACAAGUUCAGCGGCAUUUACUACCAAAGAAUCCAAUUACAAAUUAUAGGCAACAUGUAUGAUUGGGACCCAAGCGCUACAGUAGGAUUCAUCAAUAUGGUCGAGAUUUCGAUGGCUAUCGUUUGUACGUGUUUGGUCAACUACAUGGAAAAGAAAUACUUGUUGGUAAUCUCAGGAUUUGGAAUGGCAGUAAUGUUAGCCCUGAUGAACAUCACCUACAUCACCUACGGAUUACUACCUACCGAGAACACGUUGUUGCCUACUUUCACGUUCAUUUAUAUAAUAUUUUAUUCAAUAGGUUAUGGCCCCUUGUUGUGGGUGAUAAUGCCGGAGAUAUGUCCGAGACAAACAAGGCUGUGGACGUCGGGCUUCACGGUGAGCCUGUACGCAUUACUGUCGCUCAUUAUCGAUCAACCCUUCUACAACUUUAUCAUUGUAAUGUACUACGAUGUGAACUUUGUGCUCUUAUAUUUCACAAUUGUGUGCACUACAGGAGCUGUGCUCACACAUAUUUAUAUGCCUGAAACAAAAGACUAUAAAUAUUAA